AUGAUACAGUCUCAGCUGAGAAGGAGAGAGCUGACAAGCAGCAACUCCCACCAGCACAGGGGAAUUGAAGGCCCGUGCGUGGGCUCUGAUCCCAGCACACAGCCAAUCCGAGGCCCGUGCGUGGGCUCUGAUCCCAGCACACAGCCAAUCCGAGGCCCGUGCGUUGGCUCUGAUCCCAGCACACAGCCAACCCGAGGCCCGUGCGUGGGCUCUGAUCCCAGCACACAGCCAAUCCGAGGCCAGUGCGAAGUCCAGAUUCUCCCUGAACCUCCAGAUCUUAAAGACCUCUCCAGCUUGACUGUGAAUACAGAGACUCCUGCCAGCAUUGCCAACCAGGCUGUGUCUGGACUUAAACACCUCAUUGAGGACAUCUGCAAGGAGGAACUGGUGAACAUAACCAGAACAGCUACCCGGCUGUCUUCACUGAAACAGCAGCGGGAAGAGACUCCCCAGCUUGCCGGGGCUCCAGACCCACAGAAAGGCUGUCGAAAGGUCCUGGCUCUCUGUGACAAUGACGCUGCGAACGAUGAUGAACUCUCAUUUAAAGAAGGAGACAUCCUCAUUGUUCAUCAAGACUUUGACGGAGGCUGGUUGUAUGGCGAAAACCACAGAGGAGCUGGAAAGAUCCCUUCGAACUACGUAACAAACAUAAACACAGACUCCUUCAAGGUCCGUGCAAUCUGGGAUUUUAAUGCUGGGGAUGAAGAUGAUCUCACGUUUGAAGAAGGAGAAAUCAUCACUGUUCACGAUGACAGUGACCCAGAUUGGUGGUUGGGACAGACUCGGAGAGGAGUUGGAACAAUUCCUGCUAACUUUGUUACAACCGACCUCAACCCAGGAACCCAACCAGCUAUUCAGCAGGAAUGUCAGCAGCAGUCAGAGACUCAGCCACGCUUCACUUCUCCUCCUCCUCCUCCUUCACCACCCUCUAUUUGUCUGCCACACUUGCUUCCUCCUCCAGCACCCUUGCAUAGGGGCAAAACCUCUUUCAAAGUCCGUGCCCUCUAUGACUAUGAUGCUGAGGACGAAUAUGAACUCACAAUUAAAGAAGGAGAAAUCAUCACGGUUCAUGAUGACAGUGACCUGGGGUGGUGGUCAGUAGAGACUCACAGAGGAGUUGGACUGAUUCCUGCUAACUACGUAACAACCAACCUAAACCCACAUACCCAACCAGGGUCUAAAGCCGCAGGUAAAGACAAGAAACAUGAAGAGACUCCCAGUGCUGACAGCCAAGCCCUGAGUAACUCUGAGUGGAGGAUUGUGCUGCUGGGAAAGCCUGAAGCAGGGAAGAGUGCUUCAGGAAACACCAUCCUGGGGAGAGAGGAGUUUGAAUGUAGAACAGCCUCCACAAAUAAGGAGUGCGUGAAGAGGGAAGCUGUUAUUGAUGGGAGAUGGGUUUCUGUCAUCGACACAUCAGGCAUGCUUGAUAGAACCCGCUCCGAUGAUGAAAUUCUAAGCGAGAUGAUGAAGUUUAUCCGUCUGUCUUCUCCAGGACCUCACGCUUUUCUCCUGGUGCUCCAUCCAGGAGGAGUGACUGAAGAAGACAGAGAAGCAGUGGAGAUGAUCCUGGAGGCUUUUGGCGAUGAAUUUGCGAGCAAUACGAUUAUCCUUUUCACUCUCGGGGACCACCUGAAAGACAAGAAGAUUGAGGAGAUUCUGAAAUGCGACCAGGAGCUCCAGCAGCUUGUUCAGAAGUGUGGGAACAGGUGUCAUGUCUUUGACAACAAGAACAUUCAAGACCGCACCCAGGUGAGACAGCUCUUCAAGAAAAUAGAGACAAUGGUGGAGGCCAAUGGAGGAAGCUACUACACCAAUGUGAUAUACCAGGGAGCUGGAGAAGAGCUUGGAUUAACAGAAAAAAAAAUAUUGGUUAAUUACACAAUGGAGUUGAGCAAGAAGGAAAAGGAACUGAAAGUCAAGUAUCUGAAGGAGUCCAAGAAGUUGAAAUCGCUGGAGAUGAGGAGAAGUCUGGAGGAGAAGUAUAAGAUAGAUCUGGCGCUCCUCAGGUCCACAUAUCAAGGAAAAUCUGACCGGGUGAAAGAAGAACCGUACUAUGCUGCCCUGUCUGAUUUCAAACCUAAGCAAAAAUGUGUCAGAUGUUUAGGCUUACCAAGACUGAUACCAGUGCCCCUCAUAAACUGGAUGUUUCCUGUCACUCAGAGAUCAGAACAGAGGGACAUGGAGGUGAACCAGAAGCUCCGAGCUGAGCUCAUCCAAUUCAUUGAGACUUUCUGGGCUGAGGUGACCAAAGAGAUUGAUACCAAGAGCAGAGCAGCCAUGAAGCAGGCUGGAGGACUUGUGAAGAAACUGGAGCAGGAGAUUGCUGAGCUAAUAUGGAGAAACGCGGAGCUGAAACAGCUUUUGGAGACAGAGGAUCACAUCCAGUUUCUACAGGAAGUCCAGAUUCUCCCUGAGCCUCCAGAUCUUAAAGACCUCUCCAGCUUGACUGUGAAUACAGAGACUCCUGCCAGCAUUGCCAACCAGGCUGUGUCUGAACUUAAACACCUCAUUGAGGACAUCUGCAAGGAGGAACUCGUGAACAUAACCAGAACAGUGAGUGAAGCAGAAGUGUUCACCCUGGUACCUGGGAAGAGUGGAGGGCGUUUAGAAGCUAUUCAGCAGGAAUGUCAGCAGCAGUCAGAGACUCAGCCACGCUUCACUCCUCCUUUGCCACCUCCAGCACCCUUGCAUAGGGGCAAAACCUCUUUCAAAGUCCGUGCCCUCUAUGACUAUGAUGCUGAGGACGAAGAUGAACUCACAAUUAAAGAAGGAGAAAUCAUCACGGUUCAUGAUGACAGUGACCUGGGAUGGUGGUCAGUAGAGACUCGCAGAGGAGUUGGACUGAUUCCUGCUAACUACGUAACAACCAACCUAAACCCACAAACCCAACCAGUGUUUGGAGCCGCAGGUAAAGACAAGAAAUGUGAAGAGACUCCCAGUGCUGACAGCCAAGCCCUGAGGAGUGACUCUGAGUGGAGGAUUGUGCUGCUGGGGAAAACUGGAGCAGGGAAGAGUGCUUCAGGAAACACCAUCCUGGGGAGAGAGGAGUUUGAAUGUAGACCUUCCUCCACAAAUAAGGAGUGCCUGAAGAGGGAGGCUGUUAUUGAUGGGAGAUGGGUUUCUGUCAUCGACACGUCAGGCAUGCUUGAUAGAACCCGUUCCGAUGAUGAAAUUCUACGCGAGAUGGUGAAGUUUAUCUGUCUGUCUUCUCCAGGACCUCACGCUUUUCUCCUGGUGCUCCAUCCUGGAGGAGUGACUGAAGAAGACAGAGUAACAGUGGAGGUGAUCCAGGAAGUUUUUGGUGAUAAAUUUGUGAGCAACAUGAUUAUCCUUUUCACUCUCGGGGACCACCUGAAAGACAAGAAGAUUGAGGAGAUUCUGAAAGGCGACCAGGAGCUCCAGCAGCUUGUUCAGAAGUGUGGGAACAGGUGUCACGUCUUUGACAACAAGAACAUUCAAGAUCGCACCCAGGUGAGACAGCUCUUCAAGAAAAUAGAGACAAUGGUGGAGGCCAAUGGAGGAAGCUACUACACCAAUGUGAUAUACCAGGGCGCUGGAGAAGAGCUUGGAUUAACAGAAAAAAAAAUAUUGGUUAAUUACACAAUGGAGUUGAGCAAGAAGGAAAAGGAACUGAAAGUCAAGUAUCUGAAGGAGUCCAAGAAGCUGAAAUCGCUGGAGAUGAGGAGAAGUCUGGAGGAGAAGUAUAAGAUAGAUCUGGAGCACCUCAGGUCCACCUAUCAAGGAAAAUCUGACUGGGUGAAAGAAGAACCGUACUAUGCUGCCCUGUCUGAUUUCAAACCUAAGCAAAAAUGUGUCGUACAGUAAACAGCACUAAAGACUGUACGAUAACACUUUACAUUGUGUCUCUAAUUACUGUGUGUUUACAUUGUAGUUACUUAGUUUAGUUUAAUUAAUUAGGAAUUUAGCAGACGCUUUUAUCCAGAGACUAGGUGGAGAACUAUGAAUCAUCAACAACUGCUGCAGCACUUCCAAUAGGACCUUGUUUGUUUUACGUCUCAUCCGAAGGACAGAGCACAAGGAGGUGAAGUGACUUGUUCAGGGUCACGCACAGUGAGACAGUGGCUGAGCUGGGAUAGAAUUGGGAACCUUCUGGUAACAAGCCCCUUUCUUUAACCACUGUACCACCAAGCCUCCUUAGCCACGUCAAAUGCGUUUUAUGAAAGUACACACAUUGCCCUGCCUCAGCAUGACUGAGACUUGUCAGUAGCAGAGAGAUGAGAGAGACUAUUAUGACAAGUCCUUGCAAUCGUUCAGUGUCUGUGUAACGGGUUAUAAGAGCCCACUUGAACCUUACACUUGUUUGCUACAUUGGGUCAGACCAGUUUAUUGCAUCAAAGCAACUGAGAGGCUUAUAAUAGACAAAGAGCGGUUUUGUUGUUCCCUUAUAAGAGUUUACCAGGGUAUUUUUGUACUAUAUUUUUCAGUUUUACCAUGCUUUUCCCACGGUUAUACUAUGUAUUUACCAUGUUUUACUCUGGUUUAUCUUGCUUACUGCUUUAGAGUAGUGGGGUUUGAUUUUGUCAGCUUUGAGGUCCCUUUUCCUGCAGAGUUGUCGGUCCUUGUCUUUGACAGCGAGACACAGCUGAAUCUGAAACUAUGAUAAUGCGUUCUGCUGAGUACGUUAAAUCAUUGAACAAAUAUGUGUGCAAUGUAAAGGAAAGGGAGGACGAGAAAGCAAUGUUUUUACAAUGUAUUGGGUUUCAUGUACUCUAGGUGGUAAAUGGUGUUGACGUAAAAUGUUAACAUUGAUGUUAAUUAACAAGCAUAUUUCAGAUUUAAAUGACUUCUGUUAAAAAUUAUAUUGAUUUAUUAUUAUUAUUAUUAUUAUUAUUAUUAUUAUUAUUAUUAUUAUUAUUAUUAUUAUUAUGGCACGCGUAUUUUGCUGGUUGUUAAUUUGAACUCAAGACCUUUUGAAUUUGAAUGUAAGCUGUACCUUGCUGUUUAACUAUUCUGCACAGCAGUGUUUUUAGUUAUUGGAUCUUCUGAUAAAAACUAAUGUCUGUUCUUGAUUUUGAAAAAUAAA